ACUUUCGCUUUAUUUCCAUUUCCGUUUUUCCCACAUCACUGAUAAUUUUUAGCCGCUUCCCACAGGUUUUAACGUCAUUAUUUCUUCGCCAGACAAUUGUUAGCCUCAUUUUCAUAAUCUGCCAUCACAAAACCACUCCUUUUAAUACAUUUACACGCCGUUUUUUCGAAAUUGUCCCGAAUCUCUCCAUCCUUUAACGUGAUUUGGCGGCAACACAACCACGUAACCUUUGUGCACAUCGUUGUCUACCAACCCAAGUUCACCACAGGAUCAACAUAGCCCAGCUUUAUCCAACACUUUUUCGCCUUUUUUCACAACAGAUCUCCAGUUACUUUCUCCAGUAGUUUUCAUUUUCAUUUCAACCUCAUGUUACACUUUCCACCUUCUAAUACCAUGUCACCCUCACAACACCCCCACAACGACCCCAUUAAGUUUUAUUUACAUUCCCUCCGCAAACAUGCCUUCACCCUAGCCAGAUUACGCUCGCAUAUUUUAUUUUCUCAGGCUUGUCUGACAUUUGGCAUUACCCCCAAAGGCCUCACACUUAAAGUUCCCAUCUCUGGCUGGAACCCCUCUUUCCAUCAGUCCCUAUACCAGUUCCAAACUGAACAAUCCAUUGCCCUCACCCACCUAAUCCUUCACCUACACAUCAACUCAGCCAAUGAACACACCCGUCAACUCCUAUCCUUAAUAAAAGCCCGCAAUCUUUCCUCUCCCACAUCCACACCGGCUGUUCAGAGCAUUCUCCUACAGGCCAACCGCAAAUUAGAACAGCAUGCCACCCUUCACCUCAAAAAACUAUCCAAUCUCCUGGUUUCCCACCUCCGGAAAGGCAACUCACUCACCCUUCACAACCUUUCCAGCAAACCUCAACCUCCUCUCAUUGCACACAAACCCAGUCUCUCCCAUAUACUCAACCUCCCACUUCCAGCUCCACUCCCUCCAAAACCUCAAAAUUCCAAUCACCACAAUCUGGAACCACAACACCCUAAUUCAGUAGUUAACCUUUCCUCCAAACCUCUCUCCCAAUCCGAAACCUCUGUCCUAUCCAAAGGCCUCACCUUCAGCCCCACUCCCAGAUUCAACCAAACAGCCCUCGUCAAAGAUUUACUGUCCUACACUCGUACUCUGUGCUGGAAGUAUCACUUUUCCACGAAGAAAAAUGAUCCUAAUCCUACUCCUAAUGAUCCAACUCCCCAAGACACUAUCCAAAUUGAACCCUGCAUGGAACAGUUCCGUCCUCCGUCACAGCGGGACCCACCUCCUCUUCAUCAAAAUCACCCUCUCCAAACCUUCCAGGAAUUUCUGACUUAUGGCCUUGCCUCUCAAUCCUUCUUAAAAAACCUUAAUCCUACUCCCAACAUCACCACUGCUGAAGCCCAGGCUAUCCGUGAUCCGAAGGCUGACCGGUCCAUCGUCAUCCUUCCGGCGGACAAGGGUUACACGACGGUGGUACUUGAUCGUCGGGAAUAUGUGGCUGAGGGACUGCGUCAGCUUUCAGACAACACCACAUACAAAGUUUGCCAAGAUAUCUGGCUUAAGGAUGUACUAUGGCAGCACUGACUCACAUUUUUCGGAUAGGAUAUACCACUGUCCGAGAAGUCAUAUAUGAAACUUGCUUGGUGAUUUGGGAGAACAUGAGAGAGAGAGAGAGAGAGAGAGAGAGCAUUCAUUUCCAGAAUUAAAUGAGGAAAGGUGGAUUGACAGCAGAUGGUUUUAAUAAAAAUUCAGACUUUCCCAAUUGUAUUGGUGCCAUCAACGGGAAACAUCAGAGUAAUAAAACCACGUCAUUCUGGCACACUUUACUUUAACUAGAAAAAUUAUUUUUCCAUCGUUUUACUUGCUUUAUGCGAUGCUGAUUAUAAGUUCACAUAUAUAGAUGUUGGAGCGUAUGGAAAAUGUAGUUACUCGUGUACAUUUAAGCAAUCAAUUUUGUAUGAAAAACUCACGAAUCAAAAUUUACGAAUACCUGAGGGAAGCCCGAUUUUUAACAACGGUGUAUCAAUGCCAUAUGUCAUUGUCAGAGACGAGGCAUUUGGUUUAUCUGAAAAUUUAAUGUGUCCUUAUAGAGGAAGGAGUUUAACAAACAAGAAGAGAAUCUUUAACUACCGACUUUCUCGGGCUAGGCGUUUUAUAGAAUUGCACGUUUGGCAUUCUGGCAAACAAAUGGAGAAUUUUUCAUCGCCCAAUGGACGUUCGAGAAGACUUUGCAAUUGCCAUACUAAAAGCGUGCUGUGUUUUACACAAUUAUGUGCGCGAAAGAGAUGGUUAUAAAUUUGAAGACACAUUGUAUGUAUCUCCAGAACUGGAAAUUCCACCAGGUCAUACAGGCAGAGGGUGCCACUCAUCAUCAGCAUUUAGGGAUUUAUUUGCGGAUUAUUUUACAAAUGAAAAUCUGCUGGAGUGGCAAAACAGAAUUGCACUGCGGUAGUAAUUAUCUGUGUCGUUUAGAUAAUGUAUAUAACUGUUACUGCUUCCAAGUGAUUUAGUAUCGAUUAUUGUUAAGUGUAAAUUAAUACCUUCUUUUCCAUUAUUGUAUGUAUAA